AUGGCCAACAUAUACGCUCUGAGAGACUUUUUUGGCGGCCAGUGGUCAUCUAAUGCACGACUCGAUGGCAAAACAGUCAUUAUCACUGGAGCAAAUACUGGCAUUGGAAAAGAAACAACAAAAGACCUGGCAAAACGCGGGGCUAGGAUAAUAAUGGCUUGCAGAGAUGUCGAAAAAGCAGAAAGAGCACAAAGAGAAAUCAUGGAAGAUUCAGGCAACCAAAACAUUGUGAUCAGGAAACUAGACUUAUCUGACACCAGGUCAAUCAGAGAAUUUGCUGAGGUUAUCAACAGCGAGGAAAGAAGUCUUCACUUACUCAUAAAUAAUGCUGGGGUCAUGAUGUGUCCCUACUCCAAGACAGCAGAUGGUUUUGAGAUGCAGUUUGGUGUCAACCACUUAGGUCACUUCCUGUUAACCUUCCUGCUGAUCGACCUGCUGAAGAGAUCAGCCCCCUCCAGAAUCAUCAACCUUUCAUCCAUGGCUCACAGUUGGGGUACAAUAACACUUGAUGAUAUCAACAGUGAGAGGAAUUACCACAGUAGGAGGGCGUAUGGUCAAAGUAAACUGGCCAACAUUCUUUUCACUCGCUCCUUGGCCAAAAAACUCAAGGACACAGGUGUCACAUCAUAUGCAGUCCAUCCAGGAAUUGUGCGAACUGAACUUAAAAGACAUAUGAAUCUCGGACUUCUGAUCAUGUGGAAAGUUGUCAGGCCUUUCACAAAGACCCCAGUGCAGGGCGCACAAACUACCAUCUAUUGCGCAGUGCAGCCAGAGUUAGUUGCAGAGAGCGGUGGAUACUACAGUAACUGCGGACCUUCAAGAUGCACCAGAGCUGCUAGAGAUGAUGAAAUGGCUGAGAAACUUUGGGAGCUCAGUUGCAAUAUGCUGGGAAUACUCUGGGACUGA